GAAUGGCCUUUGUGCUGCAUAUGCAGGUAGCUUGAGAACCCUUGGAGUUCAGUUUAGAUCCAGUACUACUUCCAUUGACGGAUAUGAUGGAGACGACGAUGGAGUCUUCUGUCCCACCUGGUUUCCGGUUCCAUCCAACAGAUGAAGAGCUUGUUGGGUAUUACCUGAGGAAGAAGAUUGCAUCGCAAAAGAUCGAUCUUGACGUUAUCAGAGAUAUCGAUCUGUACAGGAUCGAACCCUGGGAUCUUCAAGAGAGAUGUCGGAUCGGUUAUGAAGAGCAAAAUGAGUGGUACUUCUUCAGCCACAAGGAUAAGAAGUAUCCGACGGGAACGAGGACUAACAGAGCAACCAUGGCUGGGUUUUGGAAAGCGACAGGCAGAGACAAAGCUGUGUAUGACAAGGCAAAACUGAUUGGAAUGAGAAAAACCCUCGUCUUCUACAAGGGGCGAGCACCAAAUGGCCAGAAAUCUGACUGGAUCAUGCAUGAAUAUAGGCUUGAAUCUGACGAAAAUGGACCCCCACAGGAAGAAGGAUGGGUGGUAUGCAGAGCGUUCAAGAAGCGAACCAUUACCCAAACUAAGGGCGCCAUUGAAGGGUGGGACACAAGCUAUUUCUAUGACGAACCGAGUGGGAUUAGCUCAGUCGUGGAUUCAACUGAUUUUAUCUCAAGGCCACCCCAAAGUUUUCUAGCUCAGAGUUUCCUGUGUAAGCAAGAGAUAGAGGCGGAUAACCUAUGUUUCAUGCAGUCUCAUGAUAAGUUUGUUCAACUUCCUCAGUUACAGAGCCCAUCUCUACCACUAAUAAAGAGGCCAAGCUCAAUAUCUCUCUUGUCAGAAAACAAUGAAGAAGAAGAUCAGCAAGUUAGUAGAGGGUGCAACAACACCAAGAAAGUGACUGACUGGAGGGCCCUUGACAAGUUUGUUGCUUCUCAAUUGAGUCAAGAAGAAAGGUUUGAGGGUGAUGCAGAAUCGAGCUUUGGCGCAGAUCAUGACUCUGACAUGUCAUUACUGUUGUUGCAGAGUAGUAGGGACGAAGAAGGGAAGUUGAAUGGGUUCUUGGAUUCAAGCUCAGACGUUUGUGACAUUGGGAUAUGCAUAUUUGAAAAAUGAAGAAUGGGUGCAUGAGAUGAAGAUAUUUCUAUUUUUGGUGUUAUAAGUGUAUGAGGUCAGGUUGAUGGACCUUGGAGAGAGUGGAGAGAGAGAGAGAGAUUCUUGUAAAAUAUGUUUGUGAACCAAGGCAUGCAUCUGUCUCUCUCUUUCUCUCUCUAAUCAUG